AUGUACUUUGUGGAUGAGCCGAUGUUUGAGGACGAUGUCUUUCGCCAGAGAUAUCGUAUGUCGAGGAGGUUGUUUUUGAAAAUCGUGGAAGAUAUCACUGUAGCAUUUCCAUGGUUUCGGUCUUCGGCGAAUGCGGCGGGUAUUAGAGGGUUCUCGGCAAUUCAAAAGUGCACGUGCGCGCUACGGCAACUUGCGUACGGCAACCUCGCCGACAACUGUGAUGAGGGGUUGUCGUUCUCUACUCGAACGGCUCGUGAGUGUCUAGACAACUUUUGCAUUGCCAUAAAGUAUCUUUAUGGUGAACAGUAUUUGCGUUCUCCGACUAGCCACGAUGUUGCGCGUUUGCGUGGGCAAUACCACCGGGGUGAUCAUGAACGCCCGACUAUCAUACUUGAGGCCGUUGCUUCCUAUGAUUUAUGGUUUUGGCAUGCGUAUUUCGGUGUUGCGGGCUCAAACAAUGACAUCAACGUUUUGAGGCAAUUGCCAUUGUUUAUCCUCGAAGUGAAUGGGAAGUCUCCUGAGUACGACUUUACCGUAAACGGACACCGUUAUGACAGAUGA